AUAAACAAUUUAGCAAUGAAUGGAAUUAGAAUAAACAAGCUUGAUAAAUUUGAGAAGACUGAUAUUUAUUUGACGAAUCUGACAGUGACUGAGGAGGUGAAUAAGCUGAGGAAGGAUCAGAAAGAAAUCCAAACUAAUAUAGAGUUAUUAAUAAACACCUCCAGAACAGAAAUAGAAACAAUCAAGAAGAAAUCCCGAGAUGUGAGAGAUGAGAGAGAUGAGAAGACAAGUAAAGAUCAGCAAUUACAGUUUACUGCUUUAAGCACUAGUAUAUGUCAGCUAGAAGAAAGUCUGAAAGUACUAGAAACCAAGGUUUCAACUAAUCAGAUGGAUACAGCUGAUCAAUCUGGGAGAAUAAACUCUAGUAUUGAGAAUAUGAAGAUUAAGUUAGAAACCUUAAAUACAGAUCUAACCAGUCUAAACAAUCUAAUAAACCAGCAGACAAAUAAACAUUCAGGUGACGAGGAUACAAAAGAACGACCUGAAAAUCCAGAAACAUUAGCACUACAAACAACAGUAUCUAAUCUAGAGAAGGGAUUGCGAAGGUUGGAUGAAGAACUGAAGAAGAAGAUGAAUACUCAUCAGGAGAAUCAACUCUCCCUGAUAGAGAAACAGAGGCGGAGCUGGGAGAUUACAAGGGAGAAGGCGGAGCAGAUGUCUCAAAUAUUCGACAGUCUUAUCAUUACAAAUGACCGGCCAUACGUGAGCUGUGGAGUAGAUGCUGAUAUGGAAGGAUCAGGACCAGUCAUAUUUAAUCAGUUUGAGCUGAUUAACAAGAUUGAAUGGGAGAAUGAAUACGGAUUCUGUUUGAUGGAACCUGGAGUUUAUCUUCUUCAAAUCUCCGGGUCCCUGACUAGCUGUACCGCAACGGUCAAACUAGUUUCUGAUCAGCUGGAGGGAGAACUGGUUUCUCUCUCCUCCGGUCAACCUGGAACCUUCAGAUCCAGAUCUACAAUAUUCACCGUGGAGGAUGAUGAUCGAGACGCUGAGAAAAUUGUCGUGGAUAUUUGUGAUAAGGACGGGUCUGCCUGGGUUGGUUCUGAUUUCUCUCUACUCAUGUACAAAAUAUCUGAGGUUUCUAACUCAGAAUCAGGGGACUCCUGGAAGCUUGUGGAUAUCUGAAAAGUGAAACAAACCAUGAAUGUAAACUUUAACAAAAAAGAUAUUUUAAAUCUAGAUUUUAGAAAGUUGAUAACAAAAAACACAUUUAGAAGGAUAAGAAAAAAGGCUCUUGGGUAAUAAAACCAGUUUAAUCCAAAAUAUCUAAUUUUCUCUGCGUUUCCUUUUCUGCAUUUGCCAAAAAAAAUUUAUGAAUUUCAAAAUUUACUUUAUUUAUAAUUAACUUCAGCAAAUGCCCUUCGGUUAAAUCCAUUUUUGAAUUGGGACAACUACUUUACAGUAGGGUUUAUAGGAAACAGACUUUCAGAAGAUAAGACUCAAAGAUAAUAUAAUAAAAUAAAAAAUUAUGUAACUUAACAUGUGCUCCGUGUGAUUGUAGUAUUGUAAGCAGGCUAAACCUGUUUUUUACCCUCCCCCCCCCCCCAACCCUGAAUCAAGUCACCGAACUUUAACUCCUAUGACAAUAUUGAUUAGAAGUAUUUAACAAAUCUAAGAUCAUGUAAUCUAUCAAAAUCUAAUUUUUCAUAUAGAUCUAGUUUUUAAAAUAUAUAAAGAAAUAAAAAAGUAUAAUUUUCUA